AUUUAUAAGCAAAAUGGAUGCAAUAUUAAGGAGUCUUAUCAUAGUCCUAGUCCUCAACUUCACUCUUCUCAUUGCAGUAUUCACUAUUUUCACAUGAUGAAAGUACUAUCGGAAUAAGAACAAGCUUAAGAGAGGGAAUCGGCUCAGGACCAAUUCAGAUGGCCUCUUGGUUGAUGAAGAUGAAAACAUACAAGAGGAGGACCAACCGAUUUAUGUUACUUCUUUGAAUCAUGAGGAGAGAUCUCUGUCGUCAUCCUCUCUUACUGAUGAUGACCAGAACAGAGUACGAAGGUAUUCGAAUCGGAAAACCGCCUUACCUAAGUUGGAUCCGUUCCUUUUCAAAUGGAUUUACCAACUCUAUAAAAUCAGUGAUCGUCAGGUAUUUAAGCUAGCUCCAGCUGAUGGAUACUUAUAUCUAUAUUUCCUUAAAGGAGCUGCUUUCUUGUUCUUUGUAAUGACUGUCGUCAACUGAGGAAUACUCAUUCCGAUAUAUUCGGGAGAGGGUAGGAUUGAGGCGAAAAAUGCACUCCAGAUCCUAACUAUUGGCAAUAUCGUCCAUCAUGAAGCAUCAGGGACUCGGAUGUGGGCAGUCUUUUCCGUGACCAUCAUAGUUUCGUUGCUAACUUACUUUUUUAUAUACAAACAACAGAAGAGAAUAAAUAGGGUAAAUUACUUAACCUAUGAUGAGUCCCUCAGUGAAUUGGACAUUUCGAAGUAUAGUCUGCUUAUCAGGAAUGUGCCUCGUGAUUUAAGGUCUGUUGAUGGUGACAACAUGCUCUUCCACUUCUUUAAAGAGUUUUAUAGAGACCAAGUCAUUUCUACCCACAUCAUUCCUAACUUGUCAGAUUUGGAGCAGGCUAUGGAAAAGAGGAAUUAUUAUCUUAAAUAAACUCGGAUAUUACGUUGAGCAUAAUAACAAAAAUGGGAAUAGAGCCACAAUCAAAGCAGGGCCUACCUUCUUAUGUUGGAAGAGAGAAGUGAUAGAUGCUGUGAAUCACUACAAAAAGAAGAUUCAGGAGAUUGACAGAAUAAUUCCUAGGCUCAAAAAUCAUGGUUUCAGAGCAAACACAGGAAUAGCCUAUGUGACAUUUGCUUCAAAGGAUGCUCAGAAGAAAGCAUUCAAGGACUUCAAGUUCUUGAAGUCUCACCCGAUCAAGUUUAUCAACAAACAGCUCAAAAUCCAGAAUUGGAGAAUAGAAAGCUGAUCUUCUCCAAGUGACAUCAUCUGGAGAAACUUGAAUAAGAGUUACAAAACGCGAUAUUUGAGAAAGGCACUGAUUUAUUUGGCAACUUUUAUAAUCUCUUUCUUUGUUAUCACACCGCUCACUAUCAUUGAUAAGCUUGAUUAUAUCAGGAUAUCUGAAGAGGAUUUUAGCAUAUUCUCCCUUGUAAUUGAGAGUUAUGCAUCUCCUCUGCUGCUGUUCAUCAUGAGCUGUAUCUUCAUCCCCUGGGUAAUCAGGAAGAUCAGCGAGUAUGAGAACCCUGAGCUUAAGAGUAGGAAGGAGAGCACAAUUAUGAAUAAGAAUUUUAUCUUUAUAUUCUUGAACUGUACUAUUGUUCCCCUCAUUAACUUGACAAUGAUUCAGACAUUCAUUGUUAACAAAAAUAUUGAUAAUGAAAUGUUGGUCGAAAGAAUCUCCCACAGUACUGAGUUUCUGCUAAGACUUCUAAUUCAAAUCACUUUUAUCUCAGCAACUAUACAACUAUUUGCGUCACCUUAUUUUGCUACCAAGAAGUUCAAGAAGUGGGUGAAUAAUGAGUACAAGGAUGAAAAUUGGCAAUUCCAAGAGUGGUUCUUCCACAUAGGGUACUCGGUUCCUUACAAUGCUGCUCUUUUCACGAUGAUCCUGGUUUUUUCAACUAUUGCACCUCUUGUCCUACCAAUGGGAGCUAUUCUUUUCUACCUUAAAUACAUGCUAGAUAAGUAUAACUUGCUUUAUGUUUGCCCAGAGCAGUUUGAAUCUGCUGGGAAGAUUUCAAGAAGCAAACCUAUUUACUAUGUUAUUUUCUCACUUGUACUGUACCAUACAGCAAUGAUAAUUGUAUUUGUAGUUGUCAAUAACUAUAUAAUGUACUCUCUUCUUAGCUUAGUUGCUAUUGUCGGAUUCCUCUUCUCACUCUGGAUAAUCAAGAAGAAGAAUGUUAAGCUUAAUAUGGUGGAAAGCAAGAAACAAAAGACCGUCAGUUUUAUAUUGAACCCUCAGAAGAACGACACCGAGGCCAUGAUCAGGUCAAGGGUAUUCUUUGAUGAGGAGAACCAUGAGGAUAUUAUAGAGAGAUUGAAGAAUUCAUACAUUCACCCUUGUGAAAAGACCUUCCACGCACCAGUUUUCAAGAGAAGAAGUCGCAGAAGCUCAGUUAGGUUCUUGUUUGACUUCGAUACUGCUGCUGAAAGUAAAGCUCCAAAAUCUGAAGGUGAUCGAGAAGAUCACCAGACAAAUUUCUCUAGUCAGGAUUCUCUUGAAGAAUCCAAAUCUUGAACAGAGGUGGAAGAACGUAAAUACUUUUAAUCUUUAUAUUACUUUAAUUCUUAUCCAA